AUGUUAACAAACUCAACUGGAGAAGAAAACCCUAAAACGAAAGAACAACUAUAUUGCUCAGCAGAGUUAACUGAAAGGGUACACAUCCAUUUAAUAUUUCUUGCUGUGAUAAAUAUAUUCCUGUCCAUUACCGCAUUCCUGGGAAACACUCUGAUUCUAGUUGCUCUGCGAAAGGAAUCUUCACUUCAUCGCCCGUCCAAACUCCUGUAUCGUAACCUAGCGAUAACUGAUCUCUGUGUUGGUAUCAUCGUGGGACCUUUUAGCGCUGCUUAUUGGAUAUCUGAGGCGAUGGAACGAUGGGAUAUUUGUUUCUACGCCCUUCACUUAUCAUCUAUGAUAAGCAGUGUUCUGUGCGUAGUGUCUUUACUGACAUUAACUGCAAUAAGCAUUGAUAGAGUUCUCGCCCUGUUACUGGGGCUCAGAUACAGACAGAUCGUAACUUUGAAGAAAACAUAUGUUGUUAUGCUAAUCUUCUGGGUUUGCUCCAUUGUCGCUGCAGCUAUGUAUAUUGUGAACACGCUUGUAACUUCCUGGUGGGCCAACAUGGUUACAUUUCUAUGUCUCGUCACCUCGAUCUUCUCUUAUACCAAAAUUUUCCUUACUCUGCGUUACAAUUCAAUUCAGCCACAGGAACAAAUCUCGCAAGUACAGUCAACCCAAGCAACUCCACUGAACAUGGCUCGAUACAGAAAGGCAGUAUCAAGUGCGUUGUGGAUACAGGUAACAUUGGUUGUUUGUUAUCUUCCGUAUGCCGUCGCGGUAUUUCUAACACCUCAAGGGAAAUUAACUUUACAUAAUUACCUUUCUCGACAAUUUGGGUUUACGGUCAUUUGCUUAAACUCGUCAUUAAACCCGUUGUUGUACUGCUGGAAGAUCAAAGAAGUCAGACAAGCGGUGAAACAGGUGAAAGACACUCUCAGACAAAUUUGCUGUUCGUUGGUUUAAUUUCUAUGCAACCAUACUCAAUUUAUUAGAGGGUAAAUAUUUUCCUCUCUUGCCCUUUUAUUUUUGUUCUGCAUGACUUUUGUACUUUUAUUUAUUUAUUUAUUUAUUUAUUUAUGAUUUGCGUGAAACUUAUUUGUUUUGAUUUACGAUAGACCCUUGGAACAAAAUGCCGGUAAAAAGAAAAACAAAAAUACAUGAUGCUUUAGUCGAUUCUCUCUUCCGACUGGUGAUUUUAGCUUUGUUCGGUUUAUCGAAACAAGAAUUUAGUGUUUUUAAGAUAAAGAUUCAAUAAUAUGUGCCUCAAUUGUGUGCUAAAGUUAGAGCACUCGAUUAUGUUUCCUUCUUUGUAACAUUUAAAACAUUUUUAACACUGACAUGAACAGUGGCCCUUUCAAACAACUGAUUAAUUAAAACGAUGCUUAUAUCGAUUCUCUCUGAAGUUUUUUAUGCUUAUCGAUGUCAGAAUUACGCGUUCUUUAGUUAAAAAAUUCAAUAAUUUGUGCUGUUUGUGUAUGAAAAGCAGAGAUUUUAAAAAGCCUUUAAAAUAUAACAGGUUCCCUAGAUUAUGUCUUCUUCAUCCUAGUUAUCCACAAAGCGGAAUUUUUCAAUCCGUUAGCAGGUGCGAGAAUGAGUAAUCCUUCUUUCAGAGAAGCUUUUCAGGAAAUUUUUUUAAAAUUUAUAUUCUGUUACUCAAAGGCAAAUUUGCAAGUAAGUAACUAAGAAAAGCAAAACCCACAAAGGACCCGAAUAACGCACAAGUGACAAAUUUAGUCUAGUGUUUAUUUCAUUAUUCAAAAAAUGGAAAAGACGUAAAGCGGCAGUGUGAGCUAAAGAAGAGUGGUUAAAAUUGUGACGUUUUAAUUGCUUUUUUGACGUUGAUUACUUAAUUUCCAUAUAAAUUAAAAAUCAGCUCUAAUUACCUCAGUAGCAGGUGACACUGAAAUGACGCAACUAUCCAUUCAAAUAUUUGCUCCCUACUCCAAAACAUCUUCAAUCGUUAGCCAUGUUUUCAAAUUUUUUCGAAGUCAUAGGUCGAAUUUCUAAGCAGCCUGCCAUUUUUCUGACUGCUACUAAAAUACUAGCCUGAGUAUCAGGCCUUCGUAAGGGGCUAUGGGAGAGGAGAUUUUAGAUGGGAGAGGGGGAGAAGAGAAAGGAAGUUUCUCUCCUUCAGCUCUCUCCCUUUUUCGCUUCCAUCUUUCCCCUUUUCCCCAGAAACGCCUGAUACUCAGGUUACUAAAAUACCGUAUAUCCUUACUCGUUCUUUUUUCGCCUUCCUUCCAGCUGAGUCUGAAUUUGAAAUAAUGUCGUUACCAAAUAAUAAAAGUCAUGGGUUAUAUUUUUGUCCAACUUUUCUUCUAAACUGCGCCAGAAAAGCUAUUAGUAGUCCGCUGGCAGAAAAAUAAUAUUGAAUUUUUCAAUUCAUUUAGGAAAAUAUUAUUCCAAACUGAAAUAUUCGGCGGCGACUGCCGGAAAAUGGGUCUCAUCAAAAACUACUUUCAGUUAAAGUAUUAGUCUGCGCCACAUAGAAAACUAAACUCUGGUUAAGUCCGUCUGCAAAAUCCUUGUUCUAGGUCCCCACCUGUGUACCGGGAUUUGAGUACGCGCCAUGAUUGGCAGGUUGAAAAAGCAAUUGUCGAUUUGCCAAUCAGGUUGAAAGGAUAUUCGAAAUACAUUUCUGGUAAUUCGUUGAGUCCGCUGGGGCUCAAAACAAGGAUUUCGCGCUGUUUCGCAGACCUUGCCAAUUAGGGUUAAACUACAUCUGCGACGCAUGCUACAAAAGUAUGUAACUGAGUUAGUCGCAAAAAAUAAUCACAUGUUCUAAAAAAUGAUGGCUUCCUUUCUACAAUUUCUAAACUAGGGAAACAAAUGCGUUAGGAGAUUGUCAGUAAUUGAUUGUCAGUUAGUUUUCCUUUGGCAAGUAGGAGUUCAAAAGACAGAUGCAGGUAGGAAUUAAAUUAAACGGCCGAGAUCCCCAAUUGCAAACAUGAACCAUAGGUGGUAUUACAAAAUAAGUUAACAUAUAUUCCUCUAUCUUGAAGUCUAUUAGAUACAUUCUUGAUCAGAAACAUAAUUUUCUCCGAGUUAUCAUAGUUAACACGAAUUUGAAGUAAUUUGUUCAAAUCUACAACCUUCGCAGGUAAAUUCGAUUGCCACACCCUAAUACCAACCACAAUAACAAUCAACUUCCUGCCUCACUGGGCACAAAACGCAAGUCAAAUACCUGGAGAUUCUUAAAACGUAAACUGUUAAACAAAGCUUUUGUUUCUAGCAAUUAUAACGUUCAACUCAUGGGGCCUAAGUCUACGUAAUUACUUCGGUAAUUUAGGUCUAUUCUCUGCAACUAAAUGCAGACUUCCAUUAUAAAAAGCAAAAUAUUUUAGAAAAAAGGGAGGAUUGCGCUAUUUGAACUCUGAAUUUUAGUUUGUUACUUAAUAAUUCUGGGGACGGGAUAGGACAGGCUAUUAGCAUUCACACGGUGAAGCUAAGGAUCCUUUCGGUUGGGUGCUAGUGUUUUCUUCAUUAAUUUUCAAGUUUAUUUCUCUAUAUUUAUUAGCAUAGGAGAGUCAUUUCUCCACUCCCGGCCCCGCCACGCCUAAUCAUAAAAUCUAGAAAAAAAAAACUAGAGAAAAAACAAACAAACUGAAUGUAACAAAAGCUCUAGCAUUGACCAAGCCUAGUGUCUAUCUCAUUUCACAUCCAUCAGAGAGCAUUAAUAAGUCAUUAGUCCACUAAUUGUAAUCUGCGCCAAAAAGUCCCCCACCGACUGUAACAGUUGUAAAUAUCCCUUAAAAGCCCUGAGGGGCAUAGAUAACAAGAUAUUUAAACUAUGUCAGUCAAUCACUUGUAAUUAGAAAAACUAACUGAAAACCAUCUUCAACUGCUCGAAACCGGCCGGACCUUCGCCGCUGAAAUGCGCUCAGAUAGUUUUGCGAUAUUAGACAGCUGCUGUUAUCAGAAAACCACACAGCUUACAAAAAAUGCGGCAACAUGAUGUUAACAAACUUAACUGGAGAAGGAAACAACAAAACGAUCGAACAACAAUAUUGCUCAGCAGAAUUAAGUGAAAAAGCACACACCUAUUUAAUUUUUCUGUCCGUGAUAAAUAUGUUUCUGUCCAUCACGGCAUUUCUGGGGAAUACUCUGAUUCUAGUGGCUCUGCGCAAGGAAUCUUCUCUUCAUCCGCCGUCCAAACUCCUGUAUCGUAACCUAGCGAUAACUGAUCUCUGUGUUGGUUUCAUCGUGGAGCCAAUUGCUAUUACAUAUUGGAUUUCUCAGGCGAUGAAACGGUCGGAUAUUUGUCAAUACGCCAUAUACUUAACAUACGUAACAGGCCAUGUUCUGUUUUUAUUGCCUCUGUUGACAAUAACUGCAAUAAGCAUCGACAGACUUUUCGCCUUGUUGCUGGGGCUUAGAUACAGACAAGUCGUAACUUUGAAAAGAACAUACGUAGUUAUAACCAUCAUUUGGGCUAUCUCCAUUGUCUCUGGGGCAAUUUACAAUGUGAACUCCCUUGUAGCCUUUUGGUGGUGGAACAUAGUUAAAUCACUGUGUCUCGUCACCUCCACCUUGUCUUAUACGAAAAUGUUCCUUACUCUGCGUCACAACCAAAUUCAGCAACAGGAAAACAUCUCCAAACCACAGUCAACCCAAGCAACUCCACUGAACAUGGCUCGAUACAGAAAGGCAGCAUCAAGUGCAUUGUGGGUACAAGUAACUUUAGUUGUUUGUUACCUGCCGUAUUUUGUUGCAGUAGUUCUAACGCCUCAUGGAGAGUUACCAUUUCCAACUUACCUUGCUCGACAAUUUGGGGUUACUAUUUUAUUCCUAAACUCGUCAUUAAACCCGUUGUUGUACUGCUGGAAGAUCAAAGAAGUUAGACAAGCGGCCAAAGAAACACUCAGACAGGUUUCCUGUUCGUUUGUUUAAUUUCAGUAUAUUUCGUACUGAAUAUAAAGUUAUUGUUCGGUAAAGGUUGUCCUCUCCUGUCUUUGCUCAUCUUUUUUUGUCAUUUUGUUUUCACUUUUUCUAUUGUUUUUGCUUGGCGCAAAAACAAAUUGUUUUACAAUUAGCAUCAACGGUGAAACCGUUCGGGCAAAAUGAUUAAAAAACGACGUUUACGUCGAUUCUUUCCGCAAAUGUACAUUUUUGAAGUGUUUUUAGUAACUAUCCACAAUGCGGAGAUUUCUUUCCGUUAUAAAACAGGUGCCAACAGAUAAUCCUUUUUGCAAACAAUUUAGGCGAAACAACGUCUGUUAAUAGGUUUUUUAUUACUAUAAAGAAGCGAAUUUGCAAGUGAGUUGGAAAAGUGACAAAAAUGACAAUUUUGGUCCGUCUUUAAACUGUGAAGCGCUAAUUGUUUUUGCGUUUUUUUCAAGUCGACUAAUUACUUAGUUUCCAUAUAAAUUAAAAAUCAGCUGUAAAUUGCUUCAGAGGCAACCUGUUAAGUUAUGACUGUUGGGAACUAUCCGUUCAAAUAGCUGAUGAUAAUUAUCCUAAAACAUCUUCAGUUGCCUGUCACGUCUCCUAAUUGCGUAGAAUUUGUCCUACUUUUAAUUUUCUUUCGUUUGUGAAAAUUAAUCUUCCCAAGAAGCUGAAAGUUUAAUAAUAGCCGGCGUCAAAUGAAUGAUGAAGCAAUGGUGGACACCUUUGUAUUUGCACGCUUGGCUCUGUCCCUUUAGUGCCGUGUAAAGAGGGUCUAACUAUAUACUUACAAUAAUGUUUCUCUUAAAAAUUUAACACUUAUCUGGUUAGUUGGUUGGGUCAUCAGAAUGUGGAACGAGCUAGGCUUGGGCUUGAUUCCCAAGGGUAUAAAAUAACUGGGGAGAAAUUCCUACAUUUGUUUGAUUUCCGCAACAAAUGGUUAGACAUAAGACAUUCUAAACUUUUCGGAGAAGUCUAAGGAACCAUGGGCCCCAUCUCAAGCUAUGUGCAAACAAACGCAACAACUCCCAACAUUGUUGGGCCAACAAUGUUGGGACUUGUUGUGUCCGUGUUGGCAGCGCAUCGUGGGAAAAAGCAACCCAUAAGCCUUUGUAAACCAUGUGUAAUGCGCGUGCAUGGCCCCAACAAUUUUGGAAGAGCUGUGCAAACGGAUCCAACAUUGUUGCGCUACGCUUCGGCGAUCAAGAAACAGCAGAAAUGUUGGGAGUUGCUGGCUCAAAAUUUGACAAGUUUCAACAUCAACACGCAACAUGUAAUAUCCAACAAUGUUGCGUUCGUUUGCACGGAGCUUAACAGUACUUUCACUUAAUCUGACUCUGUCAGCUCUUUGCAUCACCUGUUAAAUAACAGGAAUUCCAGUGAGCCGGACUGGACUUCAAAAUCCAACCCUGUUGGAGUUGUGUACCUUAAAAAAAAAAUCCGAAGUGAAGUUACAGCAACUGUGAUAUCUGUCGUUAGCUGUAAUACCACUUGUCCAGGAUUAUAAUAACCAAGCUAGCGUAAAUUGUAACAUAACGUUAUAGAAAGUAGUAAUUUGUAAUGAGCUGAACUGCCGUAAAUUGAAAUAACAACAUUGUCUAUAAUUUUGUAAUAAGCCUCAAUUUUUUUGUUCUAUGAUUAUUGUCAGAUAUUACGGUACAUUACUGUUCACUAGAUGCAGGAAAACUAAAAUUAAACACAGCAUAUAAUUGCUCAGUAGAAUUAACUGGAAAAUUAAACAGCCUUAGUUUCGUGAUCAACAUAUUUCUGUCCAUUACAUGUACAGCUGAGAAUCCCCCCCGGUACAAAAACGGCAACAUUAGGAAGUUUUAGCAACGACGACGGCGACUUCAACGAGAACGGCAAAAAAACAAUAGGUUGAGAUUGGCAAAACAACAACUCUGUCCAUGCAUCACGAUUCUUUGUACGUUUCUUUGCCGUUGUUGGACGACUACGACGUGAAACUGCCUAACUUCACGUUUUGUUGAGGACGUGAGCAGGAGACAACGAUUUUACCUUUCUUUUCCUGAACUUCGAUAGUCUUUUAGAAGUCAACUCCAGAAAAAUUAGCCAACAUUUGACGAAUUCAACGGCCAUGGAAUGUCGUCGCUGCUUCAGUUCCUUAUUAUCUUAGCAGAGGUGAACGGCACACCCGCCAUGACGGCUGUUACUAAGACGUGUUCAACGAAAAACGGGCGAUCAUGUUAGGUUUUGUUCACAUUUCUUAUUUUCCCGUUGCCGCUGCUCGUUCUCCGUUAAGUAACAUCUCGCCAUCACACAAGAUUCCAUAAAAGAAGAUGCUUUCGUUGUCAAACCUUUCCAGUUUACUUCUGCAGGACUCGUAUAUUCAUCUCCUCCUCUUGUUUUCAUCCCGUUGUAUUAUUGCAAUAUUUUGCUGAUUUUAUUUUCCACACGACUUUUUCGCCCCGCAAUACGUCCCAAGGUCUUUUCGGUUGAUUGUUCAUUUUUCUGGCAAUUAUGCCGCACAAUUGACGUCAUUUUUCACAUAUCGCAAAAUUCUUCCAAAUUUGGUUGACUAUAGCUGGUUAUGAUGAAUUAUGCGUGGGAUAUUAGCCAAUCAGAAACGGAGAAAUAUUUUGAAUGAACAAUAAUAGCAUUUAUUGAAGUAAUGCAAAGCCACCUGUUCUUAGUUGGCAAAAAAGAUAAGAAAAAAAUGCCUUUUUUUAGCUUACAAACAAGUGAUAAAGAGGAUUAUCAUAUAUAUAAUAUAGACCGCCCACUGUCCGCUAGUUACAAAAAGUAAAGAGACAAAAAAGAAAGUAAUUAGUUUCUCUCCAUGCAAAAAGAUAUGAAAAUUUAUUUUAACAUCGUCGAAGUUCAAAAUUUACCACUGUAUUACAUUCCAAGUGAAUCGGACUGCCUCCUUCUUCAGUAAGGAAUGAAAUCCAGCUCUGGGCAGCCCAACACGAAUGGCCGACCGUGUUUAUUAAUUUUAAUCGUACAAAGUUACAUUCCUUACUUAAACAUACAAAGGAAAAUGUUGCCAAUCUGAUACCUAAAAAGAUUGGUUUGAUAAUAUUGCAAAAGUUUUUAGUAUGCUUUGCAAUAAAACGGCGAUGUGGAAUAUCAAAGGUAAGGAUGGAAAAGGACAAAUGAAGAAGUGUUUUGCUUGAGAGAUUUAACUAAACACAAAAACUAAUCACCUCGUUUUCGUCUUCGUAAAACAGAUUUUUCAGUGCUCCUCCGAUGAGAACUUGGAAAAAGACGAUACAAGGUUGGAUUGUAGACAGCUGCCAUUUACGUAACAAAGAAAUUUGUUACACAUUAGUUAUAUAAAAAGAAUGGUUGCAGAAUACGAUACGGGAAGGAAAUACAUGAAUUGCUUGAAAACGUUACCUGAAGAAGCACAGAACCAUUUGAUGUUUCUUUCAGUGCUAAAUAUAUUUCUGUCCAUUUCCGCAGCUUUGGGAAAUAUUCUGAUUCUAGUUGCUUUGCGCAAGGAAUCUUCACUUCAUCCGCCGUCCAAACUCCUGUAUCGUAAUUUAGCGAUAACUGAUCUCUGCGUUGGUAUCAUCGUGGAGCCUGCCGCUAGUUUGUAUUGGAUAUCUGAGGCGACAGAAUGGUGGGAUAUUUGUCAGUUCGUCUUCGACUUAUCAUCUGUCGCGGGCUUUGUUCUGUGCUCAGUGUCUUUGAUGACAGUAACUGCAGUAAGCAUUGAUAGACUUCUUGCACUGUUGCUGAAGCUCAGAUACAGACAAGUUGUAACCUUAAGGAAAAUAUAUGCCACAUUAACAAUUUUUUGGGUUAGCUCCAUUAUCCCUGGAACAGUGCACUCUGUGAAUCCUCUUGCAACUUCCUGGUGGGGUAACAUUGGUACAUUAUUGUGUCUCGUCACCUCAACCUUGUCUUAUACGAAAAUUUUUCUUACUCUGCGUCAAAACCAAAUCCAGCCACAGGAACAUGACUCGCAAGCACAGUCAACCCACUCAACUCCACUGAACAUGGCUCGAUACAGAAAGGCAGUAUCAAGUGCUUUAUGGGUACAAGUGGCAUUAGUUGCAUGUUAUCUGCCGUAUGUUGUUGCGGAAGCUAUGACGCCCCAUGGAGACUCUUUUCCAUAUUACCUUGCUAGACAAUACGGGAGCAUUUUUCUUUACUUAAACUCGUCGUUAAACCCGUUCUUAUACUGCUGGAAGAUCAAAGAAGUCAGAAAAGCGGUGAAAGAAACACUCAGACAAGUUUGCUGUCCCUUGGUUUAAUUUCUAUGUCUUUCAUACUGAAUCAUCAUGCUUUUUUCCCUAAUUUUCAUUACCGUUUUCAUCGUUUUUCUACCAUUAUAUCUGUUUUUAAUUAUAAAAAGUGACCCUUUUCUGUUUGGGAAACCCCAUGCAGGUAAUUAACAUGUAAACUGCGCCGCAAGUGGUUGGGCACUGUUUUGAAGUAACGCUCUGAGGACAUUUAGUGGAUAAUAAGAUAUUUACAUUAUGUCAACCAAUCGCUUGUUAUUUGGGCGUCGCCCAGCUCGCUUGUUUUGAUUCAAAGUUGUAAUAGGCUUGCAAUACGUGCGAACGUAAACAAGCCAAGCGACGCGACUAGAAUGCCUGCCGCGCGAUCACGACACAGCAUUUAUCCUCGUUACACACAUCCUACAGAUAACGCGCGGCAAACAAAUCGGCAGUAUAAAUCAAACGUUAAGGAAAAAAAAAGGUACACUAAGUAAAACAAACUCUUAAAAAAAUUCAAAUUAAGAGGUCGUAAAACCUGCUCUGCGCCAUUUAUAGAUAUUACAUUCACCACGUUAGAAACAAGAAGGAAACUGGAACCGAGAUGCGUCCCGCAAUCGUUUCUGGGAUAGUUACUGGAGACGCCGCGCACGUCAGCUGGGGCCUUUUCGUUUGCCAGUCUCUAGUAAAAGUCCCAGUAGUCUUUGUGAAAGUUAACUUGUCCCAGUUUCCUUCUGACUUAUCAAGUGGCGAAUUCCGGUCAAACGAGUUUGCGACUCAUGACAUUCAGCUGCCCCUAUAACAAAACAACACAGCUUACUCAAAUUGCACGGAGCAACAUGACGAUUACAAACAAUAUAACCAGAGAAGAAAAUCAAACAACGAUCGAACAACUAUACUGCUCAGCACAAUUAGGUGGAAAAGUAGUUUGUUUCGUACUUUCGUUAAAAAUUAGUAAUGGGUUAGGUAAUUACUAUUUGUAAACCGAAAAGGGAAAAUUAUAUAAUAUGUAAUAUUUUUAAGAUUGCUUAUAAGAUUAGGAAGCGGUGUUGAUUAGCAUUAAUCAGGGAAACUCUAGUGAGUCAUAGUCAGUUUACUUCCAGAGAUGGUCUCAUACUAACUGGAGUUACGUCAUAAUAAAGCCGAUUUAAGAAAAGAUUUGAACUUAUUUACAUUAUUCAGAGUAGUGAAGGGAUCACUUGUCUAAGGAAACCUCAGGAAACUUCGUGUAAAUUGCACCACAAGCAGUCGGGCACUGCUGUACAGUAUGACUGAGGCAACUUCAGGUCAUGUAGUGGAUAAUAGGAUAUUUACAUUGUGUCAUUCAAUAGCUUGGUCAGUAGAAAAACAUACUGAGAAGGACGUAAAACUUAAGCUGCGCGUUUUACAGGUAUUGCAAUACGAUAAAGCAAGUUUGCGAUACAAGACCCACAUCCGACAGCUGUCCUUAAAAGAAAACGACACAGCUUACUUAAAUUGUAGCAACAUGAUAACAAACUUUACCGGAAAGGAAAGCCAGAUAACGAUCGAACAACUAUACUGCUCAGCACAAUUAGGUGGAAAAGUUCACGGCUAUUUAAUAUUACUCUCUGUGAUAGAUAUAUUCCUGUCCAUUACCGCAAUUCUGGGGAAUAUUCUGAUUCUAGCUGCUCUGCGCAAGGAGACUUCACUUCAUCCGCCGUCCAAACUCCUAUUACGUAACCUAGCGAUAACUGAUCUCUGUGUUGGUAUCAUCGUGGAACCUCUUAGUGCUAUUUAUUGGGCCUCUGAGGCAACUGAACGCUGCCAGAAUAUUUGUCGCUACGCCUCAGACUUUAGAUACGUCACAGGCUUUGUUUUGUGCGCAGUGUCUUUGAUGACAAUGACUUCAAUAAGCGUGGACAGACUUCUCGCCUUGUUGCUUGGCCUCCGAUACAGACAAGUUGUAACAUUGAAAAGAUCAUACAUAGCUAUAACAAUCCUUUGGGUUGGUUCUAUCCACGCUGGGACAAUAUACUUUGUGAACCCCCUUGUAACUUCUUGGCUC